AUGACUGGGAACACGCCCUUUGUCACAGCUCCUGCCCAGGGCAAAGCUAACCCGGGCUCGCACAACAAUACCUUCUCCUUGAAGAUCAUCAGCAUCGCUUCUUCUGAAACCCCGGCUGUAGUGCCCUUGGAUAAGGGCAAACUUGGAGAAAACGAUGCUCAGGAAAAGCCUCGAGGGCCCCCCAUCAAGGCAGUUUUGCUCACGACCCUGCCGUUGCAUGCACCAAACCUGGGUGUUUUCAGAAGCUAUGUGACGUUACGUCUUGUUAGAAAUCGCCUCAUGCAGUCUUUUCCAGCUGCGACACCAUUCGCUUUUUGUAAUGAAGAGGGCGCAGCAACUCAAGAUGACUUGAGCCUGAAUGCUUACUUCGCACUGCUCAAGAGACAGCCAACCCUCCAGGAUACAACCUUCAACGUAUAUGUCACCUCUAGCGGGCCUCCUUCGACUCAAGCGAGCACCUACUUUACCGCUCUCCUGAAGAAGCCUUUCCUGCUGAAAUUUUUGCGAGUAAUAGACUCUCAAAGGAGCAACAUCGAGACAUCUCUCGACUCUGGGGCCUUCAAGGGGAAGAAUGCCGCCGAUACUACGCUACAUACCUUGCGUGGAGUUGUCAAGUCCAUGAGCGUCGACUCCAGACAAGACAUUUUCUGUCUACCUGACGGGACACCAGUUCAGGACAAUGUUUCCCUUCUACAGUAUCUCGUCAUGGUGAAUCCAGCCAUCAGUGGAGCUGAGAAGAUCCCUUCAGUUCCAGUGUUUCUGAAGAAAACAGGGCUCUUGGCCAUUCAAUCAACCCAGGGCGUGACGAGUGGUAGUCCGGGGUCCAUUCCGGGCUCAGGGCACCCCUAUGGCGAUCCCAAUGGCGGUGCCCCAGGCCAAUGGGCCACGGGUAUAGACCAAUCGGUUAUUUCCAAGCUAGGGAGUCUUGACAUGUCAUUCACGGACAGAUCAGCUCAGGAACUACAUCGUGACAAGACUGACCUCCAGCCCACUGAGAUGCUCCACGAGAAGGACCAUGCCGGGGCAGCUGGGGCUCUGCCGAACAUCCACAAGCUAAGUGAAACAGAGUGGGACAUGAUCUUGAAGAAUGGUAAUGCCUUUUGUGGAUGGAUCAUAGAUUUUGAUGGCAACAAGAUUCGCCGGGCUCCUCAUGCUGCGUUUAGACUUCGAAAGGGUCUCAACCUCGAAAAGGUAAAUGUCAAGGUCGAAAAAGUGUCAACUCCAACGUCCUCUGCCACCGACAAGAAGCAAGACCAAGGGCAUUCUGAGAGUGGCUCAGACGACAAGGACCCCAAUUCCAAAGCGAAAGAAGGCUCAGCGGCUCCAACUCCGGAUGAUAUGAAGGAAUACAUGCCGAGAAAGGCCCAUGGAAUCCCCAACUUUAUGGUCACCGAUGACUCCAGCAUCGAGGUUGCUGCCGUGCGACACGCGUUUUCGCAGUCAAUGGCUGAGAAUCACUUUGAUAAAACGACUUUCGAUUUUGAAGCGUCUGGAGGCUUCCGCGGCAUCACCGCUGGAGCACAAGGUGGCGUAGCGGCGCAGCAUGGAUCAGGCCAAUCAGAGGCAACCAAGGGAGCCGAGAUGUCUUUGGUUGCUACCUACAAGAUACCUCGCGUGACGGUGUAUCUACCCGCCGAAGACUUAGAAGUCACAGACGAGUUUGCUGCCGCGGUUGAAAAGAUCCGCAAAACACGCAACUUGUAUGAUCUUCGCAAACUUCACCAAAUGUUUGGUCAGGUCUUUUGCAGCGAAAUUGUCCUUGGAGGCUGUCUUCAGACCUCAAAGACUCUCGACGCAAAAGAACAAGAAAAAGAGUCGAUGGCCCGAUCCGAAUUCAAGGCCAGUGUAGGCUUGGCUGUGGGCUUCCGUCUGAUUGCGAGCGGCUCGACGAAGGCCUCCAAUGAGAAUCAGAGCCAUCAGGAGCAAGGUAACAAAAAUACGAAGCAGGUAGAACAUCUGUCGUUCAACGCUACUGGCGGCAACACCAUCCUGGCAGCAGAUCCUCCAGCCUGGUUGACAAGCGUUGGGUCCGACGUGAAUAGCUGGAGAGUUAUUCAGCAAUCUCAACUCACAGCCGUCAUGGAUGUGGUCUCGGCCAUUCCCCAUUAUGAAGAAGUCAACAAGUGGUUCCUUCAAGCUGUUCCCAAGCUAACAGACUAUGUCAUCAUUCCUCAGAACAGAGUCGUCAACGCUCGGUUCAAAGUCAUGUUCACUCUGGAAGGCCUUUCGAGAGCUCUCGCAGGCUUAAAGGUUGGAAAAGAUGGGCAGGAGAGCAAGAAGGAGGACGUCGGAAUCUCCAAAGGCAGCGAUUCCGGUGCCAUUCAGACUUACUUGGCCCAUCAGCCUGAGAAACCUCCCAUCUACGUGCGAACUUUUGUAAAAAAUACCCAAGCUCCAGUUCUCAUCAAUCCUCGAGCCUUGAAGCCUCUGCCUCCAAAAGCCGACUCUAAAGGAAAGCCCUCACCUGCAACCAUUGACGGUAGGACAGUCUGGGCAAUAGAAGUUCCAGAAGGAUACAGCCUCACUCACGAGUCCCUCAUCACCAUCAAGUCCCAAGCUCCAUCCACUCCUGGAACCUCUCUGACCUUGAGCGUGUAUCGCAAUGCCCAGGGUGUCUUUAUGCCUGCCAUCACAAACCAGCCGGAUCCUGUCUACUGGCGAGUCCUCAAAGCCAAUGCUAAAGCCGGCGGCAGAGACGCAAACCAGCUCAAGUACGGCGAUCCAAUCCGACUGUGCUGGCGAUUCUCAGACCAGACAAGUGGUUGGCGAGAUUAUGUCGACGACUAUUAUGGACGUCGUCGGUUCGACCGUCCAGCGGAGCUUGGUAAAAAUGAGGAUGCUCUAUACCUCAAGGCUCCCUUUCCUCGUUUCGAGGCCCUAAAUUAUCCGCAAGGAAUGUCACUUGUUCUGAGCUCAGCUGCAACCAAAGAUCCCAUCUUGACAAAGCUCACGCUACGCGAGCCGAGCGCCCCCGGAGGCAGCGAGCAAGUCGCCUACAACCUAUUUGACCUGACAUUCCGCCUCGACUUUGUACCGGCCAACGGGCAAGUAGAGGCUUACGAGUACAUGGAUGUGGUCCGUGAGGACGACACAUACGUGAGCCUGACAGAACUCCGGACAAAGUACAAGGUACGGGUAGCACAACCUGAGGAUGGAAUUGGCCACCAGGUCACCAGCCACGUGACGAACACGUUUGUCAAGCAAUUUGACAACAUUGUCAAUGCUGUUCGCCACGGUUCCCCAGGUGAUGUCUUGAAGGAGACGUUCAAGGGUGCUAUGAUGAUCAACCCAGUUGGAUUUUUGACGAAGUUGGCGGGAUUCUGGUGA